AUGGAGACAGCAGUGGAAGAGCCUCAUAAAGAAAAAAGAGAUCGAGGUACAGCUUUUCGAGACGAAAUCUUUCCUGACUACAAAGACUAUAUACAAUUUCCAAUAAGCAUUUUAUUCGUAACUCUUCUCUAUUGUGGUGAAGCUGCCUCUGCUUUUUAUCUAUUUGAUAUUUAUCGAAAGAAUGAUGAUAUAUUCUGGAUGUCAUUCACCAUUGGCUUUCUUCUUAUGGGAGUAGUUUUGGAUCAAGCUAUCCUUUUGCUUUUCCAGGAAGACUUGCGCAAACAUAAAUUUUUGUUUGUUGGGCACAUUUUGCUUCUAGGUCCUAUGGUGAGGUGUCUGUAUACCAUGUUUAGUAACUGCAGAUCGUUGAAAAGGCUUGAGAUACUUAGAAAAGCGACUCGAAUUAGCACCAGAAGAAAAAGGAUGUUGAUGGAGAGGGAGAUUAUUCGCUCAAUUCAUGGUGCUUACAUACAAUGCAAGGCUUUCAACUAUAUGUCAGUCGUCCAGGCCUUUCUUAGUUCCAUGCCACAAUUAACAUUACAACUAUAUGUCUCUCUCACUGUAAGAGAAUGGCCUUUGGAAAGAG